AUGGCAAGAAACAGGGCAAAGAUGACUUUCCUAGAGAAUAACACUUCAAGGAAGGCAACAUUCAGGAAAAGAAAAGAAGGUCUCAUGAAGAAAGCCUCUGAGUUAUCAAUUCUCUGUGGUGUCGCGGUUGCCGUAAUCAUCGAGGGCGAAUAUAGCUCUGUUCCUGAGGUGUUUCCAAGAGAAGAUGUGGGAAGUGUCAUAGACAAAUGGGAUAAGUUGUCGCAGGCAGACAAGGACAAGAAGAUGGUGAACCAUGAGAAGUAUCUCAAGCAGAGGAUCGAGAAAGCAAAAGAGAAAUUGAAUAAGGUUAACAAGGAGAACAGAGAAAUGGAGAUGAAGGAGCUUAUGUUUGAUUGUCUACGUAACAAAACUGCGCCGUGUUUUCUUGGUCCGAAUGAACUUCGUGAUCUAGGUGUUUUUAUUGACCAGUAUAUCAAAAUUCUGAGUCGUAGGAUCGAGACUCUUACGAAUAAUCAAGGCUCAUCUUCCACCUCUGUUGUUCCUGCUGCUGCUGGUACAACAUCUGUUGCCAUGCCUACAGCUGCUAUGGGUUCUUCUUCAACGGGAUUUAACAAUAUGAUUGAAGAGAAUAUGAAUGAGAUACCAAACGUCAAGGACUUUGAUCUGAAUCGAUGCAGUGAGGAGUGA